AUGCUUCAAAAUAAUACUGUCAAAACUGAGACAACAACAAUCAUUGAAUCUACAUUAAAUAGUUAUGAUAAUAGUGGUGCUAUGAUGUACAUAAUAGUUGUUCUUCUUUGGUAUUCAAUUGGUAUUAUAUUUAUGUUAGGAAUGCAAAUGAGAGCACGUUCUGAAGCUAUUGAAGAAUCAGCAAGACGACGAACGAAAUUAUUAAUACGUAAUUUACGAGAUCAUACAACGACAAAGGAGAUACUAGAAGAAUUAGUCGAUAAACAAAAACGAGCUCGACUUUGGGAUAUAUAUUUGGGUACAACAACUAAUCCAAAAGAUAAAUUAAAUCGUGCUGAAACAGUUCGUAUUCGUAAUAUUGAAAAACAAUUAGCAACUAUGAAUCGUAAUCGUCGAUUAACAAAUGACACAGUUUUAUUAGGUGAAGAAGAUGUACGUUAUUUUCGUAGUCGUUCAGAUUCUCGACAAAUUAUUCAAGAAUCAUCAGUUGUUGAAACUGCUUCAGCUCUUCGACGUCGUUCAUCUUUAGAUCAACAAACACUUGAACGAUGGAAAGCUCUUACUAAUCAAUCUAAAACACACGAACAAAUGCCAUGGACUAUACGUAAAUUAAUGAUUGGACGAUAUUUUCGACGUUCACCUAAAAAACCUUUACAAAUAAUUCAUCAAGUUUCUGUAGAUUCUGAUCCAAUUAUAGAUAAUCUAUCAUCAUUUACAAAUCAUAUUAGUAUGCUUACUCGACAUCAAUCAGAAAUAAUUCUUGAUCGAAUUCCAUCAUUAACUGAACGACAAAAUCCUUAUUUAACUUAUUUUUAUACAUCACCAAAUCAUUCAAAUAUCUUAACAAAGAAAUUUUUUUCUGUAUCAUCUGAUCCUAUAGUUCAAUCAGAAUGA